GUAAGCAAACAAAUCAUCUCUCAAUUUCCACCGUCAGAUUAAUCGUCCUUAAUAAUUCAACGGUGGAUAUCAUUCCCCAAAAGUCUCAAACUCUUCAAAAGAACACCGACUUUGGCAUAUAUAUCCGCUGACACUCAGCUCAGUGGCACAAAUCAUCAAAUUCAACGAAAUUCUUAAAUUUUCAUUCAAAAGAAAAAGAAUGUCCCAGUUUUCGAUUCAACGAGUAAGGAGCUUGAAAGGUUUGAGGCCUCAGAUCUUUUCUUUGAGAAGUUCUGGGUUUUCUACUGCCACGUCCCCCUCAAACAAACAGGACCCUCCGAGAGUUCCCAAUCUAAUUGGAGGUACUUUUGUUGAUUCACAAUCAUCAUCCUCCAUUGAUGUUAUUAACCCUGCAACACAAGAGGUUGUUUCACAACUUCCUUUGACUACAAAUGAAGAGUUUAAAGCAGCGGUAUCUGCAGCCAAGCAGGCAUUUCCGUCAUGGCGUAAUACACCAGUUACAACCCGUCAAAGAGUGAUGCUCAAGUUCCAAGAGCUUAUUAGGAGAGACAUUGAUAAGCUUGCCCUAAAUAUUACAACUGAACAGGGAAAGACACUAAAGGAUGCACAUGGAGAUGUUUUUCGUGGUCUAGAGGUGGUGGAACAUGCUUGUGGUAUGGCAACUCUGCAGAUGGGAGAGUAUGUCUCUAAUGUUUCCAGUGGAAUUGACACAUACAGCAUUAGGGAGCCACUUGGUGUCUGUGCUGGAAUUUGUCCCUUUAAUUUUCCAGCAAUGAUUCCAUUAUGGAUGUUCCCAGUUGCUGUUACAUGUGGGAAUACAUUUGUUUUAAAGCCAUCUGAAAAAGAUCCAGGUGCAUCGAUAAUGCUUGCAGAGUUGGCAUUGGAAGCUGGUUUGCCAAAGGGUGUCUUAAAUGUUGUUCAUGGAACAAAUGAUACUGUUAAUGCAAUUUGUGAUGAUGAAGAUAUCAGAGCUGUAUCGUUUGUUGGUUCUAACACUGCUGGCAUGCAUAUAUAUGCAAGGGCGGCAGCUAAAGGGAAACGUGUCCAGUCCAAUAUGGGGGCAAAAAACCAUGCGGUUGUCUUGCCUGAUGCAAGUGAGGAUGCUACUUUGAAUGCCCUUGUUGCUGCUGGAUUUGGUGCAGCAGGACAGAGAUGUAUGGCACUAAGUACAGUUGUUUUUGUUGGAGAUGCAAAGUCAUGGGAGAAAAAACUAGUGGAGCGUGCCAAAGCUCUUAAAGUAAAUGCAGGAAUAGAACCUGAUGCAGACCUUGGUCCAGUUAUUAGUAAACAGGCAAAGGAGCGUAUUUGCAAUUUAGUUCAAACUGGUGUUGAUAGUGGUGCUAAGCUAUUGCUUGAUGGCAGAGAUAUUGUGGUCCCUGGAUAUGAGCGUGGUAAUUUUAUUGGACCAACUAUCUUAUCAGGUGUCACACCUGACAUGGAGUGCUACAAGGAGGAGAUUUUUGGGCCAGUUCUUCUUUGCAUACACGCUGACAGCUUUGAAGAGGCCAUAAACAUUGUUAACAGAAACAAAUAUGGAAAUGGAGCUUCUAUAUUCACAACAUCCGGCAUUGCUGCAAGGAAAUUUCAGACUGAGAUAGAGGCAGGGCAGGUUGGCAUUAAUGUUCCCAUUCCGGUUCCCUUGCCCUUUUUCUCAUUUACUGGUUCCAAAGCAUCUUUUGCUGGAGAUCUUAAUUUCUAUGGCAAAGCAGGAGUUAACUUCUUUACCCAGAUCAAAACUGUAACCCAGCAAUGGAAGGACUUGCCAGGUGGCAGUGGAAUUAACCUAGCAAUGCCUACUUCUCAGAAGGCAUAAUCGUCACUUUGUUACGAUCUAGUGUACUUCUAAACUUAUCUAAACUCUUAAUAAAGGGGCGCUUUGCCAUGUUCUUUGUA